GAGAAAUCACGAGAAUACUGUUUAAGUUUUUUGUGUACCUAAUUAUUUAAAGAUUUCUCUUGCUCUAAUACACAGUAUGCUUUUAUCGUAGCAGACAAUUUGUUUGUGUGUUUGAAAUAAAUGAGUUUUGUGUUUUAUUGAAGUAAAAACUAUUGAUAAUGGCUAACAAUCGGAUUCCUUCUGGACCCAAUACACCAGGUAGUCAACAGACACCUACACAACAGGGUAUUAAAAUAUUUAUCCAGAGGGACUAUUCGGAAGGUACAGCGGUGAAAUUCCAAACCAGAUUCCCACCUGAACUUGAAGAUAGGAUAGAUAGACAAACAUUUGAAUACACAAUAGAGAGACUGAACGAACACUUUGAUAUGGCCGAGACGGCAGACUGCAGUACCUACUGUGAAGGUUGCCUCGCAUGCCUGACAGCCUACUUCAUUUAUAUAUGCACUGAGACGCAUUACGAAAAGCAUCUUCGAAAAAUAUCAAAGUUCAUAGCGACACAGAACGAAAGGGUGUACAAUCCACGAGGUAUACACUUAACGGACCCUAUACUAAGAGGUUUACGUGUUAUAGAGGUCACCAUUAUCGACGUACCUAACUGUCAAAGCCCUACAGGUAAUUCAACAACGCAGUUGCGGCACACUUGACCACCGCAAGAAAACAGGGAGUUCUUCAUGUAACAGUUAAAGUAUUGGUUUUGAUGGUGCUUAUAAUUUGUGUGUAAAUUGAACUGAAUUGAGGGUAGUUUUGAAAUAUUUUUAUCGUCUCAUAUCAAAUUAAUCAAAAUAUAUAAUAUCUUAGAAUUAUAGUUGAACUUUCGAUGGUCUUAUACCAUUUUGUAAAUAAUACCUAUAGUAAUUAAAAUUUUUAAACAAGUUUUUAUCCUAAUGUUUUUUAUCAAUAACAUUUUCCUCGUAUUAUGUAAAGAUACGUCGAUCUUAGGCAACAUUAUAAUUUAACUAAAUUCUGAUUUUCAAAUAAAUAAAUAGACACUUUCAUGUAAACAAAAGUGUAAUAAAAUAUUGAAGUAAUUUUAAAUGUGGAAAGUUGUAAAUAAAGUGACAAUGUCAAAAACACUUCUUAUAUCUAUUAUGCAAAGUCAAAAGCCGUAUUUUUUACCGUUUUAUAAUCAUCACAGUCAACAUCUCAGCAAAUGCUGACCCAAACACAGACAGCACUGACUUUAAUUUUUAUAUUAUUGAAUAUUAUCUAUAUUCGCCCAACUUGUCUUUGCCGGUCAAAAUCGGUACUGUAGUUUUGCAGUUUAUCGCGAACUAACACGACAAUAUGUUGUAUGUUUUAUAUGUAGUGAUUGAGUUCAAUAUACACCAUUUAUAAGCUCCUAAGUGAAAAUGAAAGUGACAUUUGGUGUUUUAGUGUUUCGGUUGUACUUUU